CGAGUAUGUCACCGCACCCAAACAAUCACAUCUCGGAGAUUUGAUCUCACUCCAUUCUCGGUAGCUCGGUGAGCUAGUAUGUAGAUCACAAAAUCGUAAACUAGUGCAAGAUGGUUAAGCAGGAUUUGCUCGAAGUAGGGGCUUAUGCAGAGUUUGUGCUCAAUUCUGACUGCGAUGUCCCAGAUUUGAAAGCCUUGUUAGAGCAACGACUGAAGCAGUUAUUUGAUAUUGACGUAAUUUAUGUGCGAGAUUCGACUACGCCGAAUGACGGUUUUGGACUAGACCUUGGCUCAUCUGUUCGUUUUAGACUGGUUGGUGAGGAGGAAAAUGAAAAUAUAAAGCGAGCAAAGGAAUAUAUUACUGGCGUGUGCUGCUCUGAAAAAAAUCCAAAAACCAAUACGUUGGAUUCCAUCGAUUGUCAGGCUCCAAUUUACUUGACAGUAAACAGAGAGCGACUUCUGGAGUUAGGGAAAUCAAACAUGGCCGUUGCGGUUGCCACUUCCAACUUGGAACAGCUCAGUUCUCUGAAUAAUCAAAAUAACACGAACAACAGUGCUCUAAGCGAUCCCGUGCAAACAUCACUGGCUAUAGAAAAAGUCCCCGAGCAGGAAACAGCAGUCAAGGAGGCCGAAAACCCGGCAGAUUUCGAGGUAUGGAAGAAACGUGAGCUUCCUUCGAGAUCGAAGUCGAAGCCGGUUGACAAGACUCAGGCAGUUAAGGAAUGCAGCCAGCCUGCGGUGGACGAACGCAGUGCUGAAACCAUAACAGAAUCGGAUUCAGAAAUUGAACUCGAGUCACUGAAAAUGCAAGAGGGCGAUGUGAGGGAUAGGGCUGAUGUCAAAAGCGAUCAAAACGGUACAGAGGAUUGUCAGAGAGCCCAAUACGAUAACUCUGUCACCGAGGAAGGAAGCUGCGAUGAGAGCAAUCUUGGUGGAGAGAGUUUGAAAUAUUACGCACGUAAACUCGGGUAUUCCGAAGCUAAAGUUGCCUCAGCUAUGGCGAAACUCGGCCCAGAUGUAAGUCAAGACUCCCUUCUCCAUGAACUCGUGAAAUCACAGAAUUCCCAAAAAGAAUUAGAAGAGGGGAGCUCUGUGAUGGAUCGAGAAUUGAGAUUCGCAAGUCGUGAUUCAUGCGUGGACGAUCCGAGCUCGCUACGGCCGAUCGUUAUCGAUGGAAGCAAUGUGGCUAUGAGCCAUGGAAAGCAGCAAGUGUUCUCAUGCCGUGGAAUAGGCAUUGCUGUGGAUUGGUUUAUAAAACGAGGACAUAGAGAGAUCACCGUCUUUGUACCCAUGUGGAGAAAGGAGGCAUCCCGCCCGGAAACCCCCAUUAUUGACCAAGAAGUCUUAAUGCGACUGGAGAAAGAUGGAAUACUAACAUGGACACCAUCACGUCGCAUAGAUGGUCGACGGAUAACAUGCUAUGAUGACCGUUUCAUUGUUCGGCUUGCAGCAGAGAAUGAAGGGGUCAUAGUAUCAAACGAUAACUACAGGGACUUAUUGAAUGAGAGUUCAGACUGGAAAAAAGCAAUUGAGCAGAGGCUUCUGAUGUUUGCCUUUGUAAAUGAUCGCUUUAUGCCACCUGAAGAUCCUGGGGGACGUUACGGUCUUCCACUAAAAGACUUCUUGUGCAAAGGGUGUGGUAAGCCUUGUCCAUAUGGCCCUAGAUGUACCUAUGGCAACCGAUGUAAAUUUUUGCACCCAGAACGGAACUCUAAAUCAGAGGCAGAACUAAUGGCGAUGUCAGUUAAGGCAGACUGCAAACUCAUUAACGUCCCUGAUGUACCAUAUGGAGAGGUUACCAGAAAUGAUACAUGUGGGGCGUCCAGACCUGGCCGUCCCCUUCCACCACCCCCUGACAUGCCAGCGUAUCUCCUCACCAAACCUCUUCCUCCGACACCUGUGGACAACAGAAUGAAAACCAAACCUCUUCCGCUGCCGCCUCGCGACAACUAUAACCACAUGAGGCAAAUGUUUCCAGCAACACUACGAAACAACCAGUCAAUCAAUAGCCAAGUGGCCCGCCCUGCGUCAGACCCAACUCCUGUGCGGGAGCCCUGUUAUGACAUGAAUACAAUGCCAGAACACUUUCAGCAAACCUUGAGUAUGCCAAGUCUAGAGCGUGUGAAUGGGAUGGGGCUGCCGCGUCGUGGAAGUCUGCCUCAGGUAGGCUCCUAUCCAGAAGGCUCUUUCCCAUCGCUACCUCCUGUCAGCUCCCAUAGUAUGUUCCAGCAUCAACCACAUCCAUCCAUGGCUUGUCCCCCUACUAUGAUGGUCACACCUGAUGGCCGACCACUCAGCGGUGAGUGGCGUCAUUGCAUGCAGGCAGCAUACCAGCCGUGCUACACCCAGCAAGCACCCUACCAGCCACAGUGGCCCGUCGCCACAGCACCUUCCUACCCCCCAUACCCACCCCAAUACCACUACAGCCAGAAUUAUGUAUCAGGGUUCCAGCGGAUCCCUUAUAGAGGUCAAGGUAACGGGUACUACCAGACCAGAGGUGUCCCCAUCAAUAAUGAUGAUGAGGAUGUUGUUGAUGGUGCUACAGCUGAAGAAUCAUCAGAGAAAGCUAAAAAGGAUGCUGAGGAGCUGAGAAUCAAAGCAUUCGAGCAGCUCUGCGAGGUCUUUCCAGACAGCAUUGAGAAAAUCCUACAGCUUCUUGAAGAUAACCCUAAAGAUACAAGUGUAGAGAAGCUGACACAAUUAUUACUAGAUGAGGAGACCAAAGGGGAUGUCCAGUAGAGAAGUGGUGCUCUUUCUUUCAUUUUAACUGCUAGUCAACCUCUAAGAGUAAGUUUUCAGAUGUUCCAUCUUAACUGCUAGUCAACUUAUAAGAGUAAGUCAUCAGAUAUAUGACAAAAAAGGCAGGGCAGAGAAAGCCCUAGCUGGCAAAGUUUUUUAUUGCAAGCCCCUCUUUUUCUAUGAUUCCCUUUUAUUGUCAUCUGAUCCUAAUUUUUGCUUGGCAGCUGUGAUCUGUAUAAAAGGUAGUACAACUUUUUUAAAGGUGUGUGAAUGGUAACAGCACAACCAAAGGGUAAAAGUUAGUAGAGGAAUGUUGGCCAAAGUUUUAUAUGUUGUGUUUUCUUAUCUUUAAAAGAUGUUUGCUUAAAGAGUAUUGGAUUCAAUGUGUCCAUGAUAAAAUUUAUAAUGAUCAUUCCUUAAAUUAGGAAAAGUGUUGAGCUGUUAAAGUUCGCGAAAUUGAGGUUAGUGAUGUUAGAAUGGGACACAGUUUUGUUUAUGUAGCGAUGUUUUAUUGUGCUUUAUUGUUAGCUUAUAGUGUGAUAUGCAUAACUGUGGCCACCAUGACAAAGUUUUGAAAUGUUGGCCAAUUAGAACGCAAGAACUAGUUUUGAUUGACACAAACUUUAAAUAACAAAGAGGAUUCAUGUCUGUACUGAAGAAUUUCAUUUUCCAUGCUUGCCUUGCAUUCUUAUUGGCUAAAUUUCCAAAACUGUCAAGAUGACCACAUUAACAGGCAUUGCAAAAGGUUUUGCUGGAUCUACUCAUCAUAGUAUUAGUUGAAGAAAUUUGCAGAGGAAGAGCCUUCUAUCAUAUUAGUUUUAAGACAAGUAAAAAGUUUGAUUUCUGUGCUGCUUUAUGAGAAUUGCUUUCUACUUGUCUCAUUAUUAUGGGUUUCUCCAUGUGUUCCUGUAUGUUGUCAGCUGACAGCGGCGUAGCCUGGAUUUUUAACAGGAGGGGCCCAAAAGGCCCGGUGAAGGCAUUUUCUCCUGUAUUUCAGAUAAUGACUCAUACAUUUACUGUAUUUUUGGCUGCUAUAAGGGGGGCCUGGGCCACCCCCCUGGCUGAUGGUCGCUGUGCUGUUAUAACAUCAUGGCUAGGAUCAUUGCUUUGUUUCAUUUAUACACAAAUGAUGGUAUAUGUGAAAGAAAGAGGGUUGCAAUGUUUGGCUGUAAAAGUUUAUUCUCAUGGAUUGCAAUGUAAGAUAAAGUAAUCAAGGCUCUUGAUUGUCUAAAAAGAGCUUCAAAUUGACAUUAAAAUCAGGGCUAUAGCCAGAGAUAUGACCACAGCUUAAUUACUCCACUAUAAUCAUGAAUAAUGCAAAAUGAAAGUGGAAAGCAAUUCACAUGGGAGACUAGAUUAUUAUAACCAAAUUAUGAUUGUGCUUGGGUUGGCCUUAAACUUGGCUAUACUGUACCCCUGGACAUUUAUUUUGUCCAAAAGUAACCACUCUAAUAACCACUUUGGAUACACAACAGGAAAGGCCUAGGUUAUGCUUUAGGUCUCUCCAAAGUAAGCAGGCAGGAUGGGAUCAAGAAUGUUAGUCUAAGAGUUUUGUGAAAACUAAUGUUUAGAUCUAUUGAGGGUAUGCAGGCCUGUUGACUAGAAGUGUGGAGAAAUGUGGAUGAUUUUAGGCUGUUUCAACCAAGUGUGUUUGGGCGUGUCUCCCUUGCACCCCUAUGUCUUCAGGUCUGAAAUUUCUUUAGAAAACCACAUAUCUUGUAGCAAAGUUCUAGUGAACAAUUUUGUUCUAUAGGACUUUUUUAAACAGUGCACAUGUACAGAGUAUCUUUUCUACACCAAGUCUUCUGUUUCUACUUUAAUGAGCAGUUCUUUUAACAACUAGAAAUUUAUGUAUUGCCAAAAGAGCUGUGGAAACAGGAAAUUAUCAAAGGUAUUGUUACUGUAUUCUUGUUGCUGUUGCAUGCUUGUAUUUUUGCUAUGCAUUCAUGUUUUAUGGGGUAUCACUGUUGUCUGAACUAGAAGACCACUUAUAUUUUUAAGACAAAUGAAUUUGCCCAUGGGGGUUUCAGUUUUCUGCUAUUUUGUAAUAUAUUUGUAACACAAGCACAGACGAUGACAUGAACUGUCAAAAUUGAAAACUGAAUCAUUUGUUACAAAACUUAAAAGAUUGUAAAUAGUUUCUAAAGCACUUUGCAUUUUGCAAAAAUCAAUUGGUAUAAACCUAGUGAGGUUAGUUUUUAUAAGGCAAAUGCUGAUGCAAAAGAGAUGUUUUGGUUGACUCCAGUUUGUUGCAUGUAUAACUAAACAACCUGCUAAGUUGCAGGCAACUUUUCAAGGAUGUUUAGUACUGACAAUGCAAUAUCGGUCUGAACUGCUUUGCAACAAUUGGGAAGUCAGCUAGAAAUUGGUUCUAUUUUAGCCCUUUUUUUUACCAAAGGGGAAGUUCCUAACAUCUAGAAACAGUUUUAUUUAUUUUAUAUUUUGCAUACAGCUAUUGCCUUUGCUCUUUGUAAGAGCUCAACCACCAUAGAACUGUUAUCUGUGAUAAGAUGUUUACAAUGCAUGUUUGGGUUAAACAUAAUUUCUGGUAAUCAGUACACAUUGUUACAUUUAUAAGCUUUUUAAUAAAAGAGAGCAAUAAA